AUGGCCCCAGAACUGUCCUCAAACUGGAAGAAGUUGCAAGAAAAGCUCAAAGCCCCACCAAAGAAGACUGCCCCCCUCAGCCAAGAAGAACUUUUCAAGCAAGCAGCCUCCAAAAAGUCCAUCUCCUCCGAGACCCUGAAGCGCAAAGCCGAGGAGAGGAAAGAGGCCGAACUAUCCAAGCCUCCAAAGGCCAAGAAGCAGAAGACUCAGGCCCAGUUGGAUUCCCAAUCAUCAAGGAAGAUUGCCACGCCAAAGUCAACAACAGCCAGCACCACCAGCACUCCAGGAGAGAAGUCAGAGAAAAUGGGAGGAAACGUCCAAUCAAAGCCCAUAACCUCUGAUUCCAAGCACACCAUCUCCCCCUCCCUCCACCUCUGGGCCGACGAAGAAGGUAUCUCCGCCGAGUCCCUUGCCGAGGCCUACAACUUGGGCCUUCGUUCCUCCUCUUCCCACGUUCCCUUACUAUCCACCCUUCCGCCCGCUGUCCCCAACGCCGGCCUCACCCUCUCCGGCGCCACCCCCACCAUCAACGGCACCACCGGCGCUCUCAGCAACGGUCUCCCCUUGCCCGCCAACCUAACCCUCGCCAACGGCACCACCACAACCUCCGCCACAACCGCCGACCUGGCCCUGAUCCUCAAAGCAACCAAAGACAACACCCUGGGGAAAUACGUAGCAAUAGACUGCGAAAUGGUCGGCACCGGUCCCUCGGGUCUCACCAGUGUCCUCGCGCGGUGUUCCCUGGUUGAUUUCCACGGUAACCAAAUCUACGAUUCCUACGUCAAGCCCACGGCCUUUGUCACCGAUUGGCGCACACACGUCUCCGGCAUCAGCAAGAAACACAUGGCGUUCGCGCGCUCGUUUGUCUCGGUGCAAGCUACCGUCGCUGCGCUUUUGAAGGGGAGGAUCCUAGUGGGUCAUGACGUUAAGCAUGAUUUGGAGGUUUUGGGACUGGAGCAUCCGCAUCGGGAUAUUAGGGAUACGGCGAAGUACUCCGGGUUCAGGAAGUAUGGACAUGGGCCGAAGCCGAGCUUGAAGGUGCUGGCGAAGGAGGUACUUGCGGUGGAGAUUCAAAGUGGACAGCAUAGUAGUGUGGAGGAUGCGCGGGUGGCCAUGUUGUUGUUCCGGAAGGAGAAGAUGGGGUUUGAUGUGGAGAAUAGUAAUCGGUAUGAGGAGGCGGAGGGGCAGCAGGGGAAUGGGAAGAAUGGGAAGGGGGGUAAAGGUGGUGGGAAGAAGAAGGGGAAGAAAUGA